UCGGAUGGGCAAUACAGAGAAUUUCUUAUUUGAGUACAUGUGCUAUAGCUACUUAUUACCGGCAAGCUCAUGGGAUUCCAGUGGAACCCUGUAGAGCUAUUUACUUCAUUACUAAAACUCCAGUGGUAACAACUCAUAUCUUAAAGCUAAAGUACACUCAACUCUGUCUACAAGUUAUAGUUAUGGGGAUAUCGGUGAUGGGAAUGUUGUUUACAGAAUUAUGGGCGGCCAAUACUUUUUCUACGCUAUCCACAAGCUUCGAAAUCUUGCACCACCGUUUAAUAAGCAUUCUUAAAAGCAAAAAUGAAAAAGUGAGAAUGAAAUUCGCAUCAUGGAAGUCAGAUUACAACUUCACGUGCCGGAUAGCGAAAGACGGGGACAGAGUGUUUUCGCCCAUAGUAUUGGUUCACGUGAUAAUGACUCCUAUUUUACUCUGCUUAGCUGGAUUUCAGCUUUUACAAAAGAAUCAAGAGCCAUUUAUGGCCAGAUAUGAAAGUAAGGCCGUGUCAUAUUACCUGGUUAUAUUUUGCGUGUUCAGAUUAGUGUUAAUCUGCUUUUCAGGAGAUAAACUGGGAACAGAAGCUAUUAGUCUGGUGUCUAAAGUUUGCCAAGCGCAAGUUUAUGGGCUGCCACAUAAUACGCAGUUUCAAGUUAAGCUGUUAGUUUCUCAAACUGCUGUAAAACCCAGCUCUGCCACAGCCUGUCAAUUCUUUACUCUGUCACGUCCAUUUUUUUUGACAAUCGUUGGAACUACUUUCACCUGUCUUGUUGUUUUUCUUCAGGUGAAGACUGACCCAGCAAAAUUCGCAACUGCUGGUAACGACACCUCACUUUCUGGUUGCUAAAAGUGGUUUCUGGUUUAAUUGCUGAAGAAAUGAUACUCCAUGUUAAUUUUGUAACUGAAAACGUUUUGAAAGUUUGAAUCAUUUCCUUUUGUUCUUGAUGAAGAAGCAUGUUGUCGAAAAAUAAUCUUAUGUGGGAAUAUUAUUUGCCUAAACAUGGAACACAAUUUUUUCUACGACUCUUUGUAAAAAAAUUAGCAUUUCAAGAAAAUAAUUUGACAUAAAUUGUUGAAUAUAAGAUUAUUUGAUACUAAACGAUAGGCUAAUUUAAGUACUUUAUUUUACUGUGAAAUGUUUAUUAAUGUAAAGUAAAUCAUUAAGUUUGAAUAACAUGUGAAGCAGAUGAAAAUCAUGUAAUGCGGAAUUACCGAAAUACUACGGUCUUCUCAACGCACUUAAAUAACUUUUUUGUUAUCGCUAAAUAUAAAGGUAAUCAAAUGUUAAAUGUGUGAAACUCAUGUGCAAAGAGAAAUAAGAGAUUGUAAAACUAGUUAGGUAAAUAUGUGUAGCAGAAGUUGACGCGAAGAAUUAUAAACUAAUAUCUUAUGUUACUUAUACUAAUAUUUAUUAUUCUUAAAACGAAAUGAAAUCAGCUAUGAUGCUAUGAUCUAAUGAGUGUGCGUUAAAUGAAAUAACUGCAACUCAAAAUUCUUCUUUUUUUUUUUUUUUUUUUUUUUUUUUUUUUCUUCAGUAUAAUGAUAUUGAGUCAAAUAUGCAAGACAGUUGCAGUCCUGUCGCCACUGUUUGUAAAUUCAUUUACUUAUCUUCUUCCAAGUAAUUAUUGCAUACUAACAAAUCACUGCAUAAUAACAAGCUAUUAUUAAAGAUAUAUGUUAUUAAAAAUGAAAUUUGCAAACUUUUAAGCCCUACUUUCACAAAAUUUAGAGACCUAAUUACUUUGCUUAUUUUUUAUUUAUCUUGUCACUGUUGUAAAGAUAAUAAAAUUUAGCAGUUCCAGGUCAAUAACGUCUCAAUCCAGGUACUGUCUCUAACGUAAUUAAGACUAUAAAAAGUAAGCAGUGUCAUGUAAACUGACUGCGACGAUUCAAUGGAUACAGAGGCAGGGAAUUCUUUCCUAAAUCUAUUGUUAAAUUCAUGAACUUGCGAAAUAGUGGGAGUUCUAUUUUCGUCGGAAGAGCAUAAAAAACGUCCUUGAGUUUUUAAGUGACGGAGUCAUGUUACUGGAGCAUGCAAGUCCAAGCACAUACUGAGCUCGCAGAAAAUGCCCCCAGUUUAAGUUGGGGUAUAUAAAGAUGUACUCCAAGUGAGGGUAUCAACUUCGAUCUAACAGCUACAAUCAGCUCCAAGAAUUGAGUACAGCUCAGCUGCGGCUUUCAGCUUAGUCUAAAGAAAAGCAUUCGUAUUUCACUAUGAAAACUUCUCUGAUUGUCUUCGCUGUGGUUUGCAUCGUGCUGCUGAGUACAUGUGCCGAUGCUAAUCCAGUCCCAGAGGUGGAAGCACGCCACCAUCACCACCACCACGGACACCACGAUCACCAUCACGGACAUGAUCAUCACCAUGAUCAUCAUCACGACCACCACCACGACCACCACCAUGACCACCAUCACGACCACCACCACGACCACCACCACGAUCAUCACCAUAAUCAUCACCAUCAUCAUGGACAUGAUCACCACCAUCAUCACGGACACCACCAUCACCAUGGGCACCACCAUCACCACGGACAUCAUCACUGAAUUGUAUCUAAACAACGUGAUAUGCAACUUCAGAAAAUGUAAUAACGAAACUGGUAAUAAUAAAGAAAUAAUAUCUCUUGAA